AUGAGCCAACAGCACACGAUGGCCAUGCAGGGAAUGGGUGGCCCCGUCGGCGGUCCGGUCGCGCAGCCUGCCAACGCUGGCACCCCGACAAACUCGGGCGCCGGUGUCACCAGCGCGGACAUAAUCAAAAAGCUCAACACCGCCAUCUACGACUACCUUCUGUGUUGCGAGAAGUACGACGCUGCGCGCGCCGUCAAAAACUGCCUUGAUAUCGAGACGCAAAUUCCGGUCAAGCAGUCGCCAAACCAGCGCCAGAACCAACCCAAUGGAUUGGAUAGCAGCACGGACGUCGACAGCAAAGAGCACGUUGGAAUCCAGAGACGGCCGGACGACUUGCCUGCACCGUUGACUCUAUCCGACGAGAACAGCGCUUUCCUCCAAGACUGGUGGCUUCAGUUCUGGGAGCUGCACCAAGCCAAUCGCCAGCGCGGCCGUCAGACGACCCUCACUUACGUCGGCCAUCAACGGCAAGCUCAGAAGGCGCGCACUGGUAUGAUGGGCAACAUGGAUCCGAACGCGCAAAGAGGGUAUGGCAUGAUGAACAACGGCGGCAUGAAUGACCUCAGGCAGACGGCGAUGAAGAAUGGCCUGUGAGUCUCCCAAAUGUACGUUCUACGCGAGUUCGAGGCACACUGACGCGUAUCAUAGGAGCCAACAGCAGCAGAUUACCAUGCAGAAGAUGCAGCAGCGGCAGGCGCAGGGAGGCCAGAUGGGCGCUGCACAGAUGGAGCGACAAGGUUCCCAGAUGGACAUGAGCGGUCCGCGCUCCGGGUCACCGAACACCGGCGGUGAUGCGCCCUCACCCAAGCGACAAAGAAUCGAUGGUGGAAACAUGCAGCAGAUCAACCAGCAGCGCCCUGGGCAACCAGGUCCGAUGCAAGGCGGCAAUCAGGUGGGUACCCCAUCCGACACCCCACCCAUGUCCGAGAUCCCACCAGAGACGCUCGAGAUGCUACGCGUGAGAGGAAUCGAUCCCAAUCGAAUCUCGCCAGAGCAACUGAGACACUUGUCCCAACAGCCUACUAAUUAUCAAACAAAGUCUAUGGAGGUCUAUUCGAAUGCAAUGCAGAAACAAAUGCAAGCCGCUUUACAGAGAACAAGUUCUAACGGGAACAAGGUCAUGCCUCCAAAUCCCGCCAUGGGUCCCGGCGGCGCGCAGUCGAGUCCGAUGAACCAGCAAGGCUUUGACGGCAACAGCAACGAACUCUAUGCCAACCGCCUGCCCGUGCAACAGAACGGCGCGGCCGUGGCAGCCGGUGGCCAGCAAGCACAGAACGGUAACCACGCACUGCAGGACUACCAGAUGCAGUUGAUGCUGCUCGAGCAGCAGAACAAGAAGAGGCUGCUCAUGGCACGCCAAGAACAAGACGGCAUGGCACACCAGCCUGGCGUGCCGCCCAGCGGUGGCCAGCUUGCACCUGGCAUGUCACCUCAGGGCAGCAGAGUCGGUGAUCCGUCUCCAAACCCGAAUGAUAUGCAGCGCGGCACGCCCAACAUGAAGAAGGCAGGUAUGUCUCCGAAUGGAGACAUGACAGGCCGCGGCUCACCAGCUCCGGGCAUGAUGGAUCCAAACAUGAAUCCUGCUAUGCGACCUCAGCAGAUGAUAGUGGCGCCCAAUGGUCAACCUAUCAUGCGUCCGCCAUCAUCUCACCCGAACGGCCCGCCAAUGACUCCGCAGCAGAUGGAGAUGAUGCGAAACGGCCAAAUGAUGCCAAAUGGCGCGAAUUGGCAAGGUGGACCGCAGCCGGGUCAAAUGAUGCCUGGUCAACAGCCGGGCCAAGGAGGCCCGCCUGGUCAGCAGCCUAACAUGACCCCUAGACAAGGCAACAUGCCACCUCCACCUGCACCAGGGCAAAAUCCCGGAGGCACACAGCCAAGUAGCCCUCAGGCGCAGGCUCAGCCGCCCACGCCAAAUCAAGCCAACAAACCCAAGCCCGGGACCAAGAAGGAUGCUGCAGCGAACAAGAAGGUAAGCAUAUCUACUCUGCAGGCUUUCAGCGCGAUGCUAAUGCAAUCGACACAGGCCGCCGCGAACAAGAAGGGUCCUGCAGCUGCAGAGAACGAGGGCGCAAAUCAGGCCCCCACGCCCACGCCGCCGCCGCCAGUCACUCCCAGUAAUCCAAACGGAGCCAACUUCCAGCAGAACAAGAACCUACAAAUGCCGAAUGGUCAACCUCAAGGCCAGCAGGGCAAUCAGAAUCAGCCCGCCGGCCAACAGGGUGGCGCACCUCCGGUUCAACAACCUCUUAACGACAUGAACAACCCUCCAUUUGGCGCUCUUCCCGGUGACGACUUCAGCGUCAACGGCGGCAUGGAUUUCGCCAAUCUAGAUAGCGGCGAUGUGCUCGACAACUUCGAUUUCGAUAGCUUCCUGAAUCAAACAGGAGAUGAUGGAGGAUUAGGCUUCGAUGCGAACUUUGCCUUCGGUGAUGGGGAUAAUCUGGCCAUCACCGACAAUUAG